AGCGCCACCGUGCGUCAAGACGCGCAGCUGCACCUCAUACUGGGAUGGGCAGAGCAGCGCUACUCCGCGCACAAGAGCAGACGGAUGUCAUUUAUGGAAUAAAUUCAUUGGGAUUUACAAUGUCCUAAAGAGAGUUCAGGUGGAAAAGAGGAGGCCUGGUUAAAUCAAGAUGAGUUUGACAUCCUGGUUCUUGGUGAGUGGUGGGGGAACAAGGCACCGCCUUCCCCGGGAAAUGAUCUUCGUGGGACGGGACGACUGUGAGCUUAUGCUACAGUCUCGUAGUGUAGACAAGCAGCAUGCUGUCAUCAAUUAUGAAGUAGCUACAGAUGAACAUAAAGUUAAAGACCUGGGCAGCCUGAAUGGGACAUUUGUUAACGAUGUUCGUAUUCAGGAACAGCAGUAUAUUACUUUGAAAAUGGGUGACAUGCUACGGUUUGGCUAUGAUACCAAUCUAUUUACCGUGGUGCGUGGAGAGUUACAUGUUCCAGAGGAAGCACUGAAGCACGAAAAGUUCACCAGUCAGCUUCAGCUAACCAAGAAGCCUUCACCAUCAGGGGAAACCACCAAAAGCCCAGAGGCCAAAGGGGCAGAGGGAGGAAAAGAUACUGAGGCUAGACCUUCAGAACCACCACCAAAACCAGAAGACAAAGUGUCAGGAGACAUAGCAGUGCUCCACAGAGGAACUCCUCUUUAUGGACAGCCAUCUUGGUGGGGUGACGGGGACGCAGAUGAUGAAAAUUCUGGGACGCACGAUGCAAAGGCAUCUGAGCAAAAACAACCUAGAUGUGAUGCAGGCAUUCACGCAGGCCGUAAGGACAUUGCAACAAACACGCAGGAAUGGCCACAGAAUUUGGGGACCCAGGAACCAAGCUACUUUGAGAUCCCCUGUAAGGAGACUCCUCCAGUAGACGACACAGGAGAAUGCCUCCCUACUAGUUCAGAGGCAGUUGCCUCAGCUUCCACAAUCCCUGCUCUGGAGAGCGGAGCACAUGGACAUGCCUCCUUCACUAUAGAAUUUGACACAGUGGCUUCGGGGAAGGGCAAAGAGAAAACUUCAAAGAGCUCUCAAGACCAUCAACAGCAGCCGAAAAGAGGGGCAGGGGAGGAGCUGAGUGCCUUGCAGGCUGCCAUGGUGGCAGCGGAGGUAAAGGUGGCAGACUGGCUUGCACAGAAUGAGCUGCCACUAGCUCGCUCUGAAUCUGUUGCUGAGGAUGAUGGAGAGAGUGUGAAGAGUGAUGUGCCAGUUCAGCUAAGGAGCCUUAGAGGCAGUAAACAUGAGGAUGGCACACAGAGUGACUCGGAGAAUGCACUGGGAGAGCAGCUCAGUGGCCGGAGGGUGUUCCUGCAGGAGCAUUACAGAGGAAGGCAGGGUGUGCAGAGGACAGAAGGGCCUCUCUGUGGGAGGGAAGAUCUCUUCCAGCACAAACCAUCAUCUGCAGCUAAAAAGAUGGCACCAGUAGGGGGUGAAGUUGCCAAAAGAGCUCACCAUUCUUCGCCGCAGAAAGCCAACAUGCCCAGAGAGCAAAGCACUGGGUCUCAAGAGGCUCCAAACAGGGGACAUGUAGAUGACCAAAGUGACAGAGGGACCUACACAAUUGAGCUGGAAAAUGGCAAUGCUGAGGAGGAAGAGGCCAGGCGUAUGAUUGAUAAGGUUUUUGGGGUGGAGGAAAACCAAGCCCUGACUAAACUGCGUUUUCCAAAACACCAGAGAGAUGGAGGAAUCAUCUGUCCGAGAUCUGGAGCCAUGGAAACCAGACAAGCUGGCUAUGUUGGUUCCGAGGUGCUACCAGAUGACUUGGUUGUAGUAGGUGGUCCAAGGUGGGUCUCACAGUGGGCAAGUUUGGCUGCAAGUCAUAUUCGGAUGGAUCCUGAGGGAUCCGGGGCUGAACCCACCAUGCUUUCCAAAGAAGGAAAAGCUGAUAUCAGUGUAUCUGAACGUAAAAGAAGGACCCUCCCGCAGCUCCCUUCUGAAGACUCUGCUAUGGAUCCACUGGAUCCUGAGGGCACACGGAGCCAAUCCAGGCAAAAAGUCACUUCAUCGGAGAAACAGGAUCUAGAACUUCAGGAGAAAGUAGAUCAGAUCAAAAGAAUCUCUAAAACUGGGCAAAGAGUUUCAGGAAUGGCCUCAGCUAGCAUGGACGUAGAUCCGUCUAAAGUGAACAAGCCAACUCCGCCCAGAAUCCAGAGUAAAGUUGGUCAACAAGGAGCUCAAGCUAAACAGAUCGAGAAGAAACAAGAUGAUGGGAGACGAAAGAAAGGAGAUGAGGACCGAGAGAAGACAGGGAAGCCUCUACUGAGGCAAGAGAGCUUUACAGUGGAACGGUCGACUGCUAAUGUUCCUCUAGAGCUCAUACCUUGCAUCGAUGGGCUCAUUGCCCCCCAGCCCAGGGAAAUGGGAGUCAUCAGUGAGGGCAUUGAUGCUGCCACCAUGCUAAAAGACUCAGAGGCUGUGGCUGCUUUUUUGGAAACCACUUUAUCAGACCUUGCAGAUCCACCGAGCUACUCUCUGGAGGGGUCUGUCUCACCUGAAUCUGACAUUGAUACGACAAGCACGGUCAGCCAAGCAGGAGGAGAAAGAGGGCGUAAGACAGCCCAAAGGAAAAGAUCAGCCGUAGGUCCAGGCCGUGAAACAAGCAAUAAAAACACCAGUGCCAAUGAAAGAAAAGCCAAAGCUCAGCCCUCUGGCUCAGCUGGCUCCAGAGCUUGGACGUCUCUUGACCUGACAGAUGAUGAUUUGAGCUCUUCUCUUACCCAGGAUGGUUCGGUAAAACGACCUCAGGGCCGGGUUCAAAAUACCAGUUCUAAGGCAGAGCCAACAAGUGGCAAAACCAGAGGAGCAAAGUCGACUAUAGCUCCUGCACCGGCCAGCUCUAAACCAACCACCCUUCCACGGCCCAGACCCACACGGGCUUCCCUACUUCGCCGUGCCCGACUGGGCGAAGCCUCUGACACUGACCUAGCUGAUGUCGAUCGCAUGUCUGUUGCUUCAGAGGCCUCUACUGCCAGUUCUGCAUCAAGGCCUUCAGCUGGGCGCAGGACUCUCUCUCGGAUUGAAGCGCUUGCUCAACCACGGAGGCCACGUGUGGGCUCUCCUUCAGCUCGGAGUGACUCAGAAGCUACAUCAGGUAAGACCAGGGGCUUUGUCCCUCGCCCUGCCCCGGAGAGUGCACUGCGGCUUGGUCUCCGCUCUACAGUGGCCUCUUCCUCUGUAGUGGUCCCCAGAGCAAGAGCUAACAGCGCUUCCAAACUGCCCGAUAAGUGUCCUGGUACUCCAUAUGUUCAAAGUACACCUGCAGCUGGUGGAAGGUGGCGCCGGGUACCUAUCGAAUACGCAUCUACCUCAGAGGAUGAGUAUGGCUCUAACCGUCACCCCACUCAACACACUCGCCCGCGUCCAGUGGCUCCACGGGUGACCCAGCUUGGGGGUUCAGCCCCUGCAACGCCCAGCCCUGGAGGCAUUUCCAUGUUGCGACACCAGUCUAGCAGAGAACAGGAUGAUUACAUGAGAGACUGGACUGCCCACAGUGAGGAGAUCGCCAGAAUCAGUCAAGACCUGGCUAAGGAUCUAGCCAUGUUAGCACGUGAGAUUCAUGACGUUGCCGGAGAGAUUGACUCCGUUAGUCCUUCCUCUGCUCCCGCAGCUUCAGUUGAGGAACGUGUGUUUGAGGAUGUUCUGGGCAGCGCUCCAGAGAUCAGUGGCAGUGGUGUGGAACUAAGACAUCGCGGUGCUAUCAGCAGUCAGGAUUCGCGUGCCAUCCGCCGCAGGACCUGGAGCAGGGAGGAGGGUGUGCUGGACAGUUUGCUGUUGGCAUCGGUCUACCAGCUCUCAGCAAAAAUCAAACAGGCCAUGGAAAAGACAGCCAACAAAAUCAGGAUUUUAUUCAAAGACAAGGAUCGAAAGUGGGAGGAGAUUGAAAGCAAACUGCACGUAGAGAAUGAGGUGCCUCUCCUUAAGACAUCUAAUCAGGAGAUUUCCUCCAUACUUCAGAAUCUGAAAAGAGUGGAACGACAGCUGCUAGUGAUUGAUAUAAUGGUGGACCCUGAUGGCACACUGGAUGCUCUGAGCAGUCUGGGUCUGACCAGUCCACUUAUGGCUGAGAACAGAGUUAGUCCUGGCUCACAAGGUGCAGCUGGCAACCAGGCUGUGGAUGUAUCCACCAGUACGGCAGCACUGGCCUCUGCCUACUCAGAGGUCGCAGAACGAGAUCUUGGCCUGCGGGAGAGGAGCAAAGAGCAGAACACUGCAGAUCAAAGCUAAAUUACUCUGAACAGUUUACACUGAGAUCCUGCACUGGUUUCCAAAGGCCAGGUCUAUGGGACUUUUAUGUGAAUAAUGUGAGGUAUGCUGUAAAACUUCCUAUAUGGUAAUGCAUUUAAAAGUUUGCUUCAUAAAUUCUAUUUAUCCUUGGACGUAUUUUCAAUAAUUAAAGAAAAUAUUUUGAAAUCAA